GUUAAUAACGAUAAUAGGAAAAAUAAUAAUAAUAACUAUAAUAAGGGUAAUAAAGUUAAUAACAAUUAUAACGAUAAUAAUAAUAACAUUAAUAAUAACGAUAAUAACAAUAAUAACGAUAAUAAUGAUUAUAACGGUGAUAACCAUAAUAACGAUAAUAACGAUAAUAAAUAUAAUAACGGUAAUAACGAUUAUAACGAUAAUAAUAAUAAUAAUAAUAUCGGUAAUACCAAUAUUAUAAAUAUUGAAAAUGAGGACGGUAAUAAUACUAACAAUAACGCUAAUAUAUAUAAUAACUAUAAUAACGAUAAUAGUGAUAAUAGCAGCAGUAAUAACAAUAAUAACGGUAAUAACGAUAAUAAUGAUAACAACGAUAAUAAUAAUAAUUAUAACAAUAAUAACGAUAAUGCAGAUAAUAACAAUAAUAACGUUAAUAACUUAAAUAAUAAUAAUAAUAACGAUCAUAACAAUAAUAACUAUAAUAACGAUAAUGACGACAAUAAUUAAAAUAAUAAUGAUAAUAACGGUAAAAAUAAUAAUAAAAGUGUUGAAUGCCACGGUGAUCACUUGUUAUCGGCACUUAACUUGGCUGUGACGUCAUGGUGGCCACCGUUUUAUUAUGCGCGUACGUUACGUUGUGUCGUAUUGAAACAUUCUAAACAAAGAAAGUAUGAACCAGCACAGUCUUUGCAAUUUGUCACGACUUUUUUGCUACAGUUUUUUUUUUGCGUAGUGAAUUUCUUAUGUACAGUAGUCUUUUCUGCCGAAUGUUUAGUUGAAAGCAUCAUUACGUCUCCCUUAUCUUUCCAUUUUAAUAUUGUUAUUCUGGAUUUAUUUUCGCGAGCAAUGAGUUCUCCACGUUCUAAUUUUUUAGAUACUAGUUCUACUGAAUUUCCACGUCGAUUUUUCCGUAGUGUACCAAUUUAA